AGGGGGUGGGUCGUAUGACGUCAGGUCGUUUAAUCCGGAAACGGCGGCGGCGGCGGCAGCAAAACCUACCGAACCGAGGGGUUGUCGUUGGUUGAGUCCCCAGGCUUCGGAGAUAAAGGGGCGUGACCCGGAAGCGGAAGCCCAGCGUUCUCUCAACUCCGGUGAGUGGUCCCACACCUGCUUGUGGAGUCCCAGGACCAUGGACCUGUUGUUUGGGCGCCGGAAGACACCAGAGGAACUUCUUCGGCAAAACCAGAGGGCCCUGAACCGAGCUAUGAGGGAGCUGGACAGGGAGCGACAGAAGCUAGAAACCCAGGAAAAGAAAAUCAUUGCAGACAUCAAAAAGAUGGCAAAGCAAGGCCAGAUGGACGCUGUUCGAAUCAUGGCAAAAGACCUAGUGCGUACCCGGAGAUAUGUGCGCAAGUUUGUGUUGAUGCGGGCCAACAUCCAGGCUGUGUCCCUCAAGAUACAGACUCUAAAAUCCAACAACUCUAUGGCACAAGCCAUGAAGGGCGUUACUAAGGCCAUGGGCACCAUGAACAGACAGCUGAAACUACCCCAGAUUCAAAAGAUCAUGAUGGAGUUUGAACGGCAGGCAGAGAUCAUGGACAUGAAGGAAGAAAUGAUGAACGAUGCCAUCGAUGAUGCCAUGGGUGAUGAGGAAGAUGAAGAGGAGAGUGAUGCUGUUGUGUCCCAGGUCCUGGAUGAGCUGGGACUGAGCCUCACAGAUGAGCUGUCAAACCUCCCCUCCACUGGUGGCUCCCUCAGUGUGGCUGCUGGUGGAAAGAAAGCAGAGGCGGCAGCCUCAGCCCUGGCUGAUGCAGAUGCAGAUCUGGAAGAGAGGCUCAAGAACCUUCGCAGGGACUGAACAUCCACCCCCGUGGACUCUUUCCU